AUGAAUGACUGGACAGAGAGAGAGUGGCCGUAUGAGGGGUCGUUUGAGAAAGAGAAACUGCAAAUGGCUGAGAUGAAUGUUAACACAAACAUGGGUAAUCCAUCCUGGAACUUUGCUUACAUGAGAGAAUGCAUGCGAGUGUGGAUAACUGUGGCUCGUCAGAGAUAUGGAGUGCAUGUGGAUGAGAAAAGGCCUGAGAAGUGCUCUGCUGAGUUGAAAGCUGUCAUAGAGAAAAUUGCUGCCCGUGUUGAGACGCAUCAUAUUCGUAUGCUAAAAGCGGCUUUGCAGACAAGAGCUACUGAGUUGACCAACAUUAAGCAAAGACAUGGUGAUAAUUUGCGUGCAUGUGCCACAGCUAUGACGCACAAUUGGGCAAAGCGUCAAGCUAAAGUUCCCUCUCCGCAAGAACUGCUAACUGUUUUGGAAGAUGUUGAAUUUGUACGUCCAGAGCUACAGAAAAGUAAACAUUCAGUCUCCAACUAUCCCAAGCUCACUAAAACAAAUCCUGCCCGACACAGUAACACUGAUGAACAGGCCAGCUUACGUCCAUGCAACACACCCAUUUUGCCCAUCCCAAAACCAAAUCGUCCAGAUGAAUGGAGAUUUGUGCAAGAUUUGCAGGCUAUUAAUAAUAUUGUCGUGCCCACAGCUCCCAUUGUGCCAGACACUAAUUCGAUUUUAGCCUCGUUACCAUCCAAUUCAACACACUACACAGUCAUUGAUCUAUGUUCAGCUUUUUUCUCUAUACCGUUGCAUCUAGAUAGCCAGUAUCUGUUUGCAUUCACGUUCAAAGGCAAACAGUAUACAUGGCGGCGUUUGCCACAGGGUUAUGUUGAGAGUCCAACGGUGUACGCAGCAGCGGUAAAAAGAGACCUUGAUGACCUCCACUUCCGAGGGGGUUCAACACUUCUGCAGUACGCAGAUGAUCUUUUGAUAGCCUCUCCAUCCGAGGAAGCUUGUCGAACUGAUUCAAUCUUGCUCCUGCAGAGGUUGGCUGAGUGUGGACAUAGAGCAUCACUGCCCAAACUGCAAUUUUGCCGAUCUGAGGUCACAUAUUUGGGUCACCUCCUGAAGGAUGGACAGCGCCUCCUAUCACCAGAAAGGGUGAAACUGCUGGUCAACAUGCCUCCCCCCAGAACUAAGAAGGGCAUGCUUUCAUUCUUAGGGAUGGCGAACUAUUGCAGACACUGGAUUUUUGAGUAUGCGGCUAUGGACUCUGUAUUGCGAGCAGCCACACUGCAGUCAGCUCCCACUGCAGUUCAAUGGACUGAUGACAUGCAAAAAGCUUUUCAGAACUUAAAGCAUGCUCUCACCAUGGCUCCAGCAUUAGGAUUGCCGGACUAUCAUCAGCCGUUCCAUCUACACGUACAUGAGAGAGAAGGCUUUGCUACAGGCAUUCUAGUACAAAAACAUGGGUCUCACUACCGUCCUGUUGCGUACUAUUCGUCUCGACUGACCCCUGUAGUCCUUGGUAUGCCGGGUUGCCUGAGAGCGGUGGCUGCAGUUGCUAUUCUGCUUGAUAAGUCCGCUCCCAUUGUACUGGCUCAUGACUGUGUCGUGCACGUUCCGCAUGCAGUAUUACACAUUUUAAACACAUCAGCUACUCAACACAUGACAGCAGCUAGACGUUCAGGUUAUGAGGCAACUAUCCUUUCCAGCCCACACAUAACUUUAAAGCGCUCACCCCCCUUAAAUCCAGCCACUCUCCUUCCACUGAUUGACACAACUGAAAUUGAGCAUGAUUGCAUUGCUACUAUUGAUAUGUGUACAUCACCAAGGCCAGACCUAUUGCAGACACCAAUACCUAACUCUGAGAUGAUUCUUUACACUGAUGGGUCAGCUAGCAGACCAUCUGACAACGUUCACCUAGCGGGCUAUGCAGUAGUAAAUGAUUGGGAGGUUUUAGAAGCACGAGCUCUGCCUCCUGGCACUUCAGCGCAGGCACCAGAACUAUAUGCCCUCACUAGGGCCUGUAUUAUCGCUUCUGGUAAAACUGCCACCAUCUACACUGAUUCACGAUAUGCUUUUGGUGUAGCUCAUGAUUUCGGUCAAUUAUGGAAAAUGAGAGGGUUUGUGUCAUCGUCUGGCAGGCCAUUACGACAUCAUGCGUUGGUAAAUGACCUGCUAGACGCCAUUAUGCGCCCGUUCCAGCUUGCAAUUGUGAAAUGUGCUGCUCACAGUCAGGAAAAUGAUCCUGUUUCACGAGGAAAUGCAAUGGCUGAUUUCGCAGCCAAACAAGCAGCAACUUCCUCUUCCUCCAUGGUGGAAAGGACCGUACCAGGUGCUGCUGACAACCAGGACAGCUUUAAAGGUUGA